CAGCGUAUCAUCCAUGCAGAAGGUCGGAUAUAAUGUUCACGAUCGCCGGAGCAGCGAAGAGCAGCUGCGAAAUCCAACGGCACAUGGACACCAUCAUGAUCACCACUCGCAUCACCACCAUGUGCAUCACCAGGAAAAGAUCGAUGGGCACAAUCACAAGGCAUCGCAUGACAAACAACUGGCUGUUCCCGACAACAAGCACAAGGAAGAUGAGGUCCACUACGAAGACGAAGAGGAUGAAGUCGAGGAAAAUGACGAUGACUUGUCCAAUGCUGUGGGAAGCACUGAAGGCGAAGACUUUAACUUUAAGGCCGAUCUCCUGAACAAUACCAAGUACGCCGAGGUGGACUUCGUCUUCUUCAAUCGAGUGCCGAAAGUGGGCAGUCAAUCGCUGAUGGAGCUGAUGGCUCGCCUGGGCAAGAUCAAUGGCUUCACCCAUGCUCGGAAUAAGGGCAGUGCCCACGAAACGAUCGUGAUGAACAAGCAGCGGCAGAAUGAUCUUAUAGCCGAUCUCCUGACCAGGCCAAAGCCACACAUAUAUAGCCAGCAUGUAGCCUACAUAAACUUCACUCGCUUCCACUUGCCCAAACCCAUCUAUAUCAACUUGAUUCGCGAUCCGAUCGAUCGGAUCAUCAGCUGGCACUAUUACAUCAGGGCUCCGUGGUACUAUCGCGAUAUGCAGGCCAAAUUGGGGGAUAAAGCAAUUCCCAUGCCCUCGGAAGAGUUCAUGAACCUCGAUCUGGACACCUGUGUGCGGAACCACGAUCCCCACUGCACGUUCACCCAAAUGCAGAUCAAGAAUCCGGUGGGCGAUCACCGACGGCAGACGCUCUUCUUCUGCGGCAUGAAUCAAAAGCUGUGCAUGCCCUUCAAUUCGGAGGCGGCCAUGCAAAAGGCCAAGAGGACAGUGGAGACGGAGUACGCUGUUGUGGGCACCUGGGAGGAUACGAAUAUAACGCUCUCCGUUUUGGAGGCGUACAUACCGCGAUUUUUCCGCAAUGCCAAAGUGGCCUACUACUUGGGAAAAGACCGAUUGUCGCGGGUGAAUCGCAACAAUGUCACUCGAAUCGUCAGCGAUGAAACUAGACUUAUUCUGCGGAAAAAUCUCACCAACGAGAUCGAGUUUUACGAGUUUUGCAAACAGCGUUUGUAUCUUCAGUAUGCCGCCCUAAGUCAUGGAAAGCGAUUCGGGGAGGAUGACUAUCUUCUGGUGCCCGAACAGCAAAACGACUACAAUGAGGACUAUUAGUAAGGAUACCUUUGAUAGGAACAAAGUGAAUAAGUGAUAAGCCAGUAUGAAUAUGUAUAUGAAAACCGAUAAAACUCAGGACUGCUAGAACACAUUAAAAUAAAUGAAGCUGAACAACUAUAAGUAUCUUUUAACACUUUAAACAACUCUUGAGCAACUCGCACUCGCUUUAAUCGAAAUGAUCCCUGCUGUUUUAUAUUUUGCCUUUCUAAAAAGGCAUUAUGUGACUAAAAUUCCUCCGUGUGAGCACAGUGUUUGAUGCUUUCUGUGUAACUUCAAUCCGGUGAAGAGCUUUAUGUGUGUCUUCAUUUGUGCUGAAAGUAUCUGUGGGUCUGUCUUUUGUUGGA